AUCAAACGAAACGGUGAAACAGCUGAGUGAGAACCUCCAUUACGAAGAACACGAGUCGAAAAUAUCAUAUUACAAAAUGUCUGCAAAAACACUUUGUUUUCUCCUGGUAAUCCUGGUAAUAUCUUACGACAUUGAAGCAUUCACAGCCGGCGCUGGAAAUAUUGGAAGCAGAGGAAUAAAAAGAGGCUUAGUAAACAAGGUAAGGUUUUAUCACGGACGCAAAACUAAGAAUUUUCUUAAAGCGAACCAAUAACAAAUUUUUGCCAGUUUUGAACUAGUUCGAUGUCACAAAGAGGUCGAUGGCAAUUUCUCUAAUAUAGUGAGUCAAAUCAGUUUUCAAAGAUAUUCCUUCGUUCUUUUUGUGCUUAAUUUUAUGAUUCCCCACAAAACGCAAACUUUAAUUUCUAGCUAAUAUUUUAUCGUGCAGUAAAGUAAAAUUGGCUAUGUGAAAAUAUUGUUUGAUAACCGUAUAUCAAGAAUUGGCUUCAAUUUUACUCGCUGUAAAAGUGAAUUCGCUGCAACCGACAACAAGAAUUGCCCGUGGGAAAGUGAUUGAAGAAACAAGCAUUAAAUUAAGAUGCGUGAAGUAUCAGUCAAUUUUCCAUUUUUCUUUUUUUGCUCAAAUUUCCAAGCUCUUUCUCUGUAUUUUUGACGCUUUACAGCAACAGUAUGUGGAAAUAUAUUUUUGCAAUUUUCUUUGUAAUAAGCGUUUGCUGUCUUAAAGUCAAUAUAUUCGUAAAAUACCUAUAAAAAAUAAAUGUUUCGUUGUUGAUUGAGCCAACUCUAAAUACAUUGUGCGAACGUUAGCCAUAAAUGUAGCCUUACACUUUUACAGAAGAAGCACUGUAAUUAAUCUUUUAUAUAAAAAGUUGAUAGUUUUACUAGGCUAGUGUUAGGCCUUGAAGGGAGGCAAAGGAAAAACGUUUUCUUCAAAAUAGGAAAAAUGCAGGCUAUCGAGGCUUCUCCAAAGGCCAGAAAUAUAUGGAAGUGAGAUUGAUCAGAAUUUAUAACUUUAACUAUUCACUUUUAAUAUUUCACUGUAACGACUUUUAAUGUUGUUCCGGCUUAGAAAUUCAGAUUGAUUUUGUGCAUAUGAUUUUGAAAUAUUUGAAAAUUUAUGGUCACAGGAACGCCAUUUUCGGCAGGAUGGGCAGUUGAGACCAAUGGUUCAGGCUAUUUUAAUUUUUUCAGCGGCAGAAUCAUUGUGACUGAGGGAGGAGGGAGCACAUGCAUGCCCAGCUAGUUAUGGUAGCUGGUUUUAAAAAAAGGAAGUUGGAUGAGGUAGUUUGACUGAAAUAUGUAGGUUGCAAAAAAUCAUAAUCUAACUCAAUUUAAACUGGAUAUAUUUGGAUAUGAUAGAUAGUGGGGCUGCACUUCAAAUUGCAUAAAACAUCCGCCAAACUUUUCUAGUUUUCUUCUGGCUGAAGUCACACACCAAGGCUUCUAGCUUUUAAAUCUUUUUAGAAUUUGUGAGUACCGGAUGGGUCAUCAGGAAAAGGGGACCUAACCAAGACGUGGUGAACUGCAUGCAUUGUUUUAUUAAGUCUCUUGAGUUUUAUUUUUGGCAUUAUCUUUUAUAGGACUUUUAGACACAACAUUUUGGCAUACAUUUCAAUCGGUAGACAAAGGUUUGGUCAUGAGAAUACUAAAACACCCUUUUAAGGGACCAACGGGACCCUCUCUACGGGGUGGGAGGUGGAUGGGGAGAGAUAUACUUCACUAGAGGGGCUAACAUUGGCACGGGGGGACUUGCAUGCCAAAAGUGGCCAUGCACUCAAAUAAUGGAGGGUGCCCUUUACUGGAUUUCUUGAAGGAGUCUUGCAGGGAAAACUGAUACAGUUUAAAUGCUUAUCAACAUUUCGUGUCAUUUUGAGUACGAAUUAUACAUAUUUAAGCACUUUAGCAGACUGGGUCUCUAUAUAGACGUAGCUCAAUUAUUAAAUUUCCGGAAUUGAUCAUAGUGCAGCUCUUCUUUUACAGCUAGUAAAACCUGUACUGGUUUGAUACAAACGGAAUGAGUUCUUCUUACUGGAAAUUUUAUAUUUCUUUUUCAUUUUGACCUGAAAACAUAUUUAUUAUAUAAACAUAAGUGUUAUAUAGAGUUUUUGGCCACUGAGAAAAAUCGUAUUUAAACACACGUAAAAAAUACGAUAUUUUUACGUGUGAAAAUAUCAUUUGUUGCAAAACGCAUUGCCACGGACGUUUUAUUGUUUUUCACUGAAUUUUGAAUGGGUGCUUGGAAAUACCAGAUUUAUUUCUCGUGUUGAACAUGAUAUCUCACUCGUUCGCUGCGCUCACUCGUGAGAUAUCAUGUUCAACAAUCGAAAUAAAUCUGGUAUUUCCGCGCACCCAUGUAUUAUUCUCUAUAUAUAUACGGCUAUUUGAAUUAAGGUUGUCUACGAACAAAGCGGAAAAGUCGAAUACGAGCGCGAAAGGCUGCUGGGAAUCGCUCAUUAAUUUGUUAGCGAUUCCCAGCAGCCUUUCGCGCUCGUAUUCGACUUUUCCGCUUUGCUCGUGGACAACCUUAAUUUGAAAUAGCUGUAUACAAGUGAAUUGGCCUCUUGACUUGAAAGCAUAUAUAUAUACAAGUGAAUUAACCUCUUCGCGACUCUCCUUAGCCCUCUUAUAUAGGCUUGCUUUCCCGCGCGUUUUGUUCCUUGCAAAUUUGGCCUCAACUGCUCGCUGCAUGAGCUUAUAGCAAUAAUUAUAUAAAAAAUUAUCAAAAUUUACAUCAAUAUUCUCGUUUUAUCGGGCUUGAAAAUAAAACAUACAAGAUGUUCGCAUGUCCGCCUCUCAACUUCAAAUUAUUAAUUCAGCAUAAAUAUUAAAUACAGACAGAUGUGCAGCUGUUCACGACUUUAUAGGGGAGGAGUUUUAUAUACUGAGUAGCUAGUGAUAUAUUAUUUUUUGGAUGGCAGAUUUACAUUUCUUAUGUUUACAAAAUGUUGGAUGUUUGUUCACUGAAAUGGUUUCAAACAUAUAUCUGAAUUGUUCUCAGGAUUCUUCAUAUUCUUAAAAUCAUAUUUCAAUGAAUAACGGCUGUGAGAUUUAUAAUGAGAUGCACGACACUAAUAUCCGUCAUGUUCAGUUUUUUAGAGAUAUUAAUAUGAGCGCAAAUAUUAUUUGAACUAGACUAAUUAUAAACAUAAAUUCCGCGCCUUUUCGAAAUUGAUCAUUCAAGAUUAAGACAACUGGAAUAGUAAUCUAGAUUUAUAUGCGGUUAAAAUGUUAUUAAUUAUGGAACUGACAUAUAGUAAAUAUAUAUAUAGUGCUGCCUUCCAUGCAUGCUUUAUAAUUGAGAAAAUAUCAUAUUUUGAAGCCAAAAUCAGACCGUAUCUCCACAGAUUAUAAUUAAGCAACGGUCGAAUGGCAAAAAACGGAAGAAACAAAGUGAAAUGACUAAAAAGUAAAAAGAAAAGAAUAGUGAAAAAGUCAGACACUGUUAAAAUUCCUUCGAUGUAUAAGCGAGCAAACAUUCACAAGUUAAUUGCAUGGACGUGUGACUCAGCAUCAUUGUGCAGAACAUGAAUUUUUCAAAAUCUAUUCCAUCUACAAUUAUAAUAAAUUUACUGAAAAAUUACAACAUAUUGCGUUAGAAACCUACUAGAAAUGACACAGAGUCAGAAAGGAGAUACGCGGUAUUUUUAAAAAAUGGCAAAUGCACGUUUAAAAAUCUUGAUACAAAAUUCGCAAGAUAUCGAUUGAGUCACAGAAUAAAAAUAAUAUUGAAAUGCCGAAUUUGCUAAAUACAAUAGUCCUCUUGAUGUUCUUAAGAUUGAAAAUUGAUUACAACAUAUAUUUAAUAACAUAGAUUGAAAUUUCGCAAGAUAUUUCGCGAGAUUACGAGGAGUAAUGCUACGAAAAAUUUGUCGCCGCCCUUUUCAAUGAGAAGUAUUAAGCACAAGACUCAAGAUUUCAAAAUUUUCUGAGGAAUCCAUGGAAUCGAUCGAGUUUGUGGCCUGUUCCCACCACACCAUUCAUUAUUCGGUCACCUAUGCCAUGGAAAUUGAUCUACAGGCAAUUGAUCUAAUUUAAUGUUAAUUUAAAUUUAAUCACAAAUUUGUAAAAUUUCAAUAAAGUUUCAAUAAGUUUCAAUAAAAGUUUCAAUAAGGAAAUCAGGGUUGCAUGCCAGAUUGUUGAAUAAAUAAGCCAAAGAUUGUUAUAAGCGGCCCUUUGAUGUCUUUGUAUCGAACAAAAAAAACAAAAGGUUAUGAUAAUAAUAUUUGGCUUAUUUGUUCAGCAAUCUGGCAACCCUGAUGGAAAUUAAAGAGUUCAUCAUAAAUUUGGCUAAAGUUUGUUAAUAUACAAAUCAGAUCCUUAUAUGUUUUUUUUAUAUUUUAGGACUUCAGAAUCUUCAAAAACAUUUGUACAUGGGCGAGUGAAUACUGUCCUUCAAACGCUGAUAACUGGUAUGCAACGAAAGUCGCAAAGAACGAAGAAACUCCGAAUAUCCUGGAAACGGAAAAAGAAAUUCUGUCACAGAAAUGAACCAUAAAUACCCAUAUCAACGUGUAUUUUAUUUAAAUCAUGUGAUGAAAUAAAUUGAGAAAUAAGAACGAAAGACCAAAGAAUAUGUUGUUAUAUCUAUUUGAUUUUAUGUUGUAAUAAUAAAAAUGCAAUUCGAAGAUUAUUUAAUAUAUUGCCUAUAAAUUAUG